GUCUCUUAUCUUUCCUACAACUAGAAGUACGAGCUAGGGUAGGUUUACAUUUUAUUAUAUAUCUGUGAAUAAGGCUCAUAAAUAAUGGCCAAUAUGCACCCAAAUAUACCGUUGGUAGUAUUGUAUGAUGGUUAUUUGUUGGAUUAUGGUGAUGGUGUUUGGUUGUUAUCGUGAGACUUUAUAUCAAGAAGGUAUUCUUCGUGUGGCUUUAUUUAGUGUUGCUUUUCUUUUUCCCAAGUAUUACGUUAUUCGGUGUAUAAUGGUCAAUUAGAUCACCCUUUGAAGCCAGACAUCAAAUAGGUUAGGUGUAUGAGCAUUAAUCACGUCUGUCCGUUAAGUUUUCCGAUAUUUUAAUAGUAUUUAAGUUCAUGAUUUUAAUUUUAUAAUGUACAAUUCUGAAUUCGCAAUCAUUGAUGUAAUAUGGCUACACUGCUUUAUUCACAAUGAGCAAUGAUGAAUAAUUCAAUCCUUCCGAAAUCCCAAAAAAUGUAUUAUUGUUAAUAUCUAUGUAACUUUUCUUUUAAUAUUUCAUUAUUUGUUAUUUUGUCUAUAUAUUUUUUGUUCUAAAUAAGUUAUUUAUAGUUGAAUCAAAUAUUAUAAAUACCAGUAGAUAUAUUGCUUCAUCAUGAUUAAAUAAUGAAUUAAAUAAUGCUUAUAUUAAAUGCAUGAAAAAUGGCCGAUGAUCAAAUCUCAGAUGAAGCACCGCUCUUAUGCGAUGAAUCCAUACAAAGGCACGAUGAUAUUAACAAAAAAUUCAACUCAAAAAAUGCGAAAAAAAUAGCACUAUGUUUUGUAUUUUGGUUUAUUGUGAUUCAUUCGUGUAUUCAUUUAUUUUAUGGUAAGUAAAAAGUCAAAUAGAAUAAAUUUGCACUUUUUGAUUUUUACAUUAUGAAUUAAUAUUUGCUUUUUUUUAGCAAGAGAUUCUUGCAAAUGGCUCCUAUCUGAUGGACGUUACAAAGGUGACAUGGGUUGGCAACCAUAUGGUUGUAUGAUGCAUGAAUAUAGUGAAUUGUAAGUUUAUUUCAUUGCUAUUUAUUAAAUAACUGCUGUUAGGUUUAUAAUUUAGGUAUAUAAAAUAAGUAACAUAAAAUAGGUACAUAAAAUUUAUGUAUAAUAUAUAUAUAUCAAAAAUUAUCCUUGACUAUAAGUUUAACUAUUAAAUAAUCUAGCAUAAAUUUAAGAAUAUUAAGAGUUACUGAUGUUUAGCAAGUAAUCAGGUUUUUCCAGUGGUCUUUAAUAAGACAUUAAAAUAAAUUAAUAAAAUACAUUUUCUUCUCUGUAUUGUAUUAACUUAUUUUAGGUAAGAGGCACUUUUUUUAUAAUGUAUAUUUAUUUAUUUAUGUAGCAGUGUCUGGGUGUUAUUAUAUUUCAUUAUUAUUAUCUUAUUUCUUGUUGAUACUAAUUGUCAAUUGUUGUUAUUAAAUUUGAUUACAAAUGAUAAUUAGUUUUUAAAAAGAAAAACCUUUAAAAGUUAAAAUCUUGUCAAUAGGUCAAUGAAAAGUAAAGAAUUUAAGUACACAUUUUAUUUCAUAAUUGCUGUUUCAAUUUUUUUCAAGACUUCAUUUCUUAAAUAUUUUGAUUUGAAAGAAAUAUUAAAAGAUAUUUUAAUUUAGGUAAAUAAUUUAAAUGUUUCAUUUUUUAAUAUUUAAGAAAUAUACAUUUUUGUAUAAUAUAAAAUUUAAUAUUCUUUGUAGGUAUUAUCUUUAAAGCUCCUAAGUACUUAUAAUUAAACUAGGUAUAACUUAAUAAUAUGAUUUUACAACUUUAGACAACAUAUGUUCUAAUUAUUACUUCAUCUAAUUAUUAAUAAUUAUUAUUAUUAUUAUCAAUAACUACAUUAUAAUAAUAUGUGAAAAGUACUUUUGUACUCUACUCUGGCCACCUCUAUGAAACGUUGUUGACAGUCACUGGAAGUUUGCUGGCCAGCGUCUUCACUAUUGUGCAAGGCAUGACAAGGUGUAUCUUGUCACCUAUCCUAACAUUGUCAGAAGUCGACUAAUGUCAUCUUAAUAUUUUAUUAGUGUUUACAAUAGUACAAAUUAUAAUACUCACGAUUGUCGUAAAGGCCUAACAGGGAAGUCACAGUUUAUCGUAAAUUGUAUGAAAACUGUAGUUUAGUGACGUUUAUAAUAAUAAUAUGAUUAAUGCAAUAAUAUAUGUUGUGUUUGAAAAACUGGUUUUAAAAAAAGAUUCAAAAAUUAUAUUUUGCUUGGAAACCUUAAUUACCGAUCCACCAUACUUUAUGUGACAUUUUAUACAUUUAUACCUAUUUUUUUUUUGCUGAUAAUUACAUAUUUUUAUUUACUAAUCAUUAAUAAUUAUUUAACACUCGCCUAAUAGUUUUCUUUUUUUUUUUUUUUACAAUAAACAAACAUGCCAAUGAUUAAAUGCUCAAACUUUUUUGAUAAAAGCUUAAAUAUCAAACUUAACUGCAUGGCUCACUUAUAAAAAGCCAUAGUUACUGUGCUGAGUGUAGACCGAUAUUGAAUAAAUUAGCGGUAUCUCUAAUCUUAUAUUGCUAGUCAAAUGUUCCUAUAUGUUCCUAUCUGUAUAUUUAUAAUUAAUGGUACCUAUUAAGUGGAUUUCCAUUCUAUUUUUGUGUUUUGAAAAUUUAAUACAAAUAAUAAUUAUAAAGAUUGUGACUUAAAAAACUUUAAACUGCUGGACUGAUGGGACUUUCAGUCCAAGGUUCCAAAUUCAAAAAGAUGGCUGACAAUAGAAUUCUGGCAUUUUUAAAGUUCUUUAUUUGUAUAUACAAAAUAACUUAAGAUAAAUAAUUUGUAUCUAAAAGUGUUUUUAUAAUAUUGCCUAAUGAACUAUAAAAGUUAUAACAAGUGCUAUACAAUUAUACCAGUUUUUUGUCCGAUUUCACAAAUUGUCAUAUUUCUGGUAUUUUCGUGUAUAUUGUAAUUCCAUAUAUUUUGCACACACUUUUAUACUAUAAAAGAUAUUAAAAUUAGAAGAAGGGUAAGUGUGGUAAUCUUUUAAAUUUAUUACAACUUAACUAAUAUAUAGUGAACAAAUUGAAAAUCAUUAUUGUAAUGUAACAACUAAAUUGUUUUUUGAAUGCCCUAUAAAAUAAAAAUAGAUUUGCUUAAAAAACAUCAGUCAUUAAUCUUUAUGAAUCUUUGCGGUAAUAAUAAUUUCAGGGAUUGCAGCCGUUGCUUAAAAUAUUUAGCAUUUAGAGGAAGUCACAAUCAAUUUCUUUUUAUUGGCGGACCUAGAAUACUAGAUAUGUAUAAUGCAUUUAUUCAUACCAUAGAACCAAAAGCAAAGUUGGCUCCAAGUUCAGAAUUUUCUUCAUAUUCCCAUUAUUAUGACCACGAUCACUCAUUUCAUGAUAGUCGUUUGAAAUUAGAUGUCAAAUUUAUUUGGAGUCCUUAUGUUUUAAAUACUAUGGUUAAAGUACUUAAAAAACUGAAAGUAAGCAAAUUAAUCAAUCACAUAAUUUAAAUAUUUUUACUUUAUAUUCAACUUAAAUAAAAAUACAAUUUACAGUGAUAUAUGAUAUAGGAUGUGAAUGAUAUACCUCAAGUAAUUGUAGCUGGAAGUGCAAUUUGGCCCAUUAUACAAUCAAAUGGAUCGUUAAAUGGUAUUCAAGAUUAUAUCGCUAAUCUCACUCAAUUGAUUCAAGUAAGUUUUUAUCUAAUUAAAUUUUUAAACAUUCAAUUUAUUUUACAAUUUUUAGCCAAUUAAUGAUAUUUCAUCAAAAUCAAUUGUGUUGUGGGUUUUGCAAGAACCAGUUGAUGAGAGCAAACUAGAUAAUUCAUUAUCUAUGGUUACUAACAAUUUGAUUGACCUUUACAACGAAGCUGCAAUGGAUGUAAGUUUAUAGAAUUAUUUAAAAAAUAUUCAGUGAUUUCAUAAUCAAAUUAAAAAUUGCAUGUAAUAGUUUUACUAUUAUAUGGAUUAGAUUUUGAGUGGAGUGAAGAAGCUUAUGGUUUUACAGAGAUGUUUAUUUUUAUUUUUUUAUCUGCGCAACUUUUCUACCAGAAGACUUGCUAAGAUUUUUAAGUAUAGCAUCUUUUCUGAAAGGCAAUUAGUGCGGCAAGAUACUUAAGGGAGGUAAUUUUUUGAUAUUAGGAGUUAUAUCAUCAAAUUUGAAAAACCAAAAAGCACUGAGGAAAAACGGAAAAAUAUAAGAAAUAUAUGUAAUAGUUAAAAUAUAUUACGGCUUUCUUUUUUUCUGUGCACAACUUUUCUACCAGCAAUUUUGUUUCAACCUACAAUGGUAGCAAUUUUCUAAAAGGAAAUUUGACUAGGAAGGUACUUACAGUGUUUAUUUUUCGAUUUUCCCAACAGCUGUUCCAGCAAAUAAGAAAAACUAGGAAAAUUAGUACAACAGUAAGCAAACAUUAUUAAAGAAAAUAUAUAAAGCUUAUUUAAUUAUUUUGCUAUAAAAUAACAUAUACAAAGCAUUACUAUCAACUGAAUUCUGCUCAAAAUCGUUGUUUCGUAAGCAAUGGUUUAUCAUUGUUUACAGGUAUUCGUUAAUUUAUCUAUAACAGUUGCUGCAUCCUUCCCUAUUAUCCUAGAACGUCUUUAUAUAUUAUAAUUUCUAUUUUUAAAUUAGGUCACUUUUUUUUAAAAGGAAGUUAAGGAUAUAUAGGAUAAUUUAGUUUUAAUUAAAAAAAUGUUUAACUGAUCUUAUUUUUUUGUUAGUAAUUAUUUAUUGUUGUACACUAUAUAAAUUAUAAACUAAAUCAUCCUAUAUAUCCUUAACUUCCUCUUUACAACAGUGGUUUAAUUUAACAAUUUUCCACAUUUAAAAAUUACUACAGACUUUAAAAAUACAAUCUACACAAAAUAGUAUAAUUAGUAUAUACUAUAUACAUACUUUGUAUAUGAAAACAAUUUACUAUGUAUUUCUUAUAAAGGGAGCCACACAUUAGUGCAUAUUUAAUUUUUGAUGUAGUCAUACAUUGUAAUUUGUAGACUAUUUAUUCUUAUACAACCACAAAAUCCUUAUUACAAUUUAAAAAUAUUCAUUGCUAAGCUGAGAAACUAAAAUAUUCAAAUAGUAACUAUAUUAAUGAAUAAUGAUUGGUGAUGAGUUAAUUUUUUUCAAAUUUGAACUGAAUUUUUUUUUUCAUAUAUUAUAAUUCCUUUUUAUUAUUGACUAUUAUAUGAUUUGAUAAGUUAUUUAAGACAAAAUUAAAAUUGAUUAAAGACGUAAUUAAAAUGUAAUAAUAAUAAAAGGCUAAUACUGCUAAGUGCACCACUGUUUUAUAUGGGAAGUUAGAAUACAUAUUAGUGAGCAAAAGUAUAUCAUCGUCAAUGAAAAAUUUCAGAGAGAAGUUUACUUUUACAUGAUUUUGAAAGAAUAUAAUAAUAUGUUUCAUCAAAAUUUGAUCUUGAAACAGUUAUAAAAAAAAAAAAAAAAAUAUAUGUAUAGUACACAAAUUAGUUAAGAUGGUAGAGUACGUAAAGUAAUUUAAUUUAUAUCUGUAAGCUGUAAUGGUAAACAAUUUCUAACGAUAUACGAUUCUAAGUGAAGUUCAGUUAAACAUUUUUUGAAAUGUCUUAUUAGUAUUCCAAAUAUUCAUUAAAAUAUGAUAUUUAAACAAUUAUAAAAAAAACUGUUACAUCACGCUCAAAUUUUUUUAACCAUUAAGUACAACUUAUAAUGAACUUCCUGUUAAUUUUUUAAUUAUUUCUGUUUAGUCAAACAAUCAUAUUCACAUAGAACUUCAAAUAAAAUCUAUGGAAAAAAUCUCGCAAAUUUAAAAAACCUAUAAGUAACUAACAAAUAUGUUUUCUGUAAAAAUUUUCGAAUUUUCAAACAUUUUUAAGUGAAUUAAAACAAAAUAAACAAAUGAAAAUAAUAAACUUGUAAUUUCCAAAAACUAUUCCAUUUUUUUUUGUUUUUGCUUAUUUAAGAAAAUUACACAGAAAAUCAGUAAACUCUUAAUUAACUUACCAAUAAAAAUAAAGUAAAAUAUAUGAAAAGCAUUAAAAUUUAAAGUAAAAUUGUACUCUGUUAAUUUUAAGUUUCCGAUUUUUCUCAAUUAUGAAAACUGAUUGGAAAAUCAAAAAAAUUACUUGCUCAUUAACUAAAUCCAAAAUGCAUCAAAAAACGUCUUUUAACAUUAUUUGAUUAAAGUUAUAUUUCUAGUAAUAAAAAAAAAGUCUGAAAUAUUUGUUUUUUUUCCUAUAAUUUUGUUUCAAUUUUUUUUUUUUCAGUUUUGAAAACCAAUUGUAAAAUUAAAAAAUGACCUCUAAUGGACCACAUAGAUCCAACAAAGAAUGUCUUAAGUCAUUAUUAAAUUUGAACAAAUUUUGUGUUUAAAAAGUUGUUUACAAAUAGAAAAAUAGUUAAUAUCAUAGUAAAAACUAAAGAUUCUUCACUCCGCUCUGAACCUAAACUAUACCUAUGUAGCAAUUUGGAGUGGUCCAAAAACUUAUGAAAUUCAAUAUGAGUAUUCCUUCCAUUUUAUAUCAAAAAAUAAUUUUUGAAAAUAUGGACUUGUUAAUUGUUUCCCUUUUAGUGCCGAAAUAGUAUUGAAUCAUAAUUCAAUAAUGAAUACAUGGGUGUUGUUUUUCAUAGUUUUUUUUUUUUUUUAUUAUUUCAGAUAAUUUUAUAUUUUAUUUAUUUAUACAAUGAAAUAGGUCCUGUUUCAUUAUUAUAUUCAAUCUUUAGCCAAUUAUUAAAAAACUAUUUGUUCUCAUUAUCUCAUUUUUUACUUUUUACUUUUUUUAUAUGAAAUAAAUAGUAAAAUAGAAUUUAUUUUAUGGCAUUUUUGAAUUAAAAGUAUUUUCUAUAAUUUUUUAAUUUAAAAUUUUUUCGCUAAUUGCUUUUUCAAUUGCUUAUUAUUUUUAAAAAUUGGGUAAAGAUUAAAUAUAAUAAAAUAGCACUUAUUUCGUUAUUUCUUGUUUGUAAAUAAUUAAAUUAAUAAAUUAGGAGGGGAGGUGAUAUAUUCAUUUUUAAUUUCUCAAGAUAAUUUCAAGCUUAUGUAGAUUUGUACAACGCAUGUAUUAAGAUGUAAUGAUUUUAACAUUAUAUAGGUAAUUAAAUAUUUUAUUUUUAAAAGUUUUUCAAAUUAAAAAUUUUGCCCUUCGAUAUCUCAUGACCAGUAGUUCAAUGAUUAUUUUCAAGUUACUAAUUCUUAGUGGUAAACCAAUACAUUUUUUUUCUUAUAUCUGAAAUUCAAAUAUUUGCUACCGAUUUAUAACCAAUUUGAUAUUUAAAAUCAAAAACUUUGAGCCGAUAUUGAGAUUAACUGAUAUAUUAAUAAACUGAUACACGAUAUUUAACAAUAUUGUUUAUAUUACCUGAACAAAAGCCAUUCACCGUGGCCACAAAUGUACUUGCAAUCAAUCUUAUUGUGCAGUGAAGCUCUCUCUUCUGAACAGCAGUUAACAUUUGAUGUUAAAAACGUUUUUUUCAUAUUGUAAUACAUUGAAAUAUGUAUAUACCGAACAUGUACGAAAGAUAUUAUUGCAAAAAAAAAAUUCAAUUAAAACUUACAACGAACAGAAAAAAUGUACAACAUAAUAAUAGUGAAGUGAUAUGGAAUAAGCGCCUAGUCUAUAGUCUACAGUUAUGACUUAUAAUAUUACACUAGGUUAUUUCUAUCCUCUUAAUUAACUAAAAUUCUUAUUAUCAAAUAUGUUAUCUGUCAUAAUCAUUAUUGGAAAUAGAGGGACGCAUGGUAUGUAUGUACACGUUUGCGAUAUAUUUGAUUUUAAACUAAGAUGUCUGUUACCAAAGUAUUAGGGAAAUAUAUUACUGUUCGUAUCUGUAAUAUAAAGCAUCUGUUAUAGACAGGUUAAAAUAUGUUGAAUUGCAAUUUUUUUUUACGGGACCUUGUUAUUUUACUGUAAAGGCAAGUUUCAAAAAUAAAUGCAAAAAAAAUUUCAAAUAUCAGGUUCAGCGAGAAAACUGAUAUCCAAAUAUCCUCAAUAUUGGCCGAUAUACAAUACUUGCUACUAAUAAUUUUUAAACUAGUAUUAAAUACUAAUAGUUCAGUUCAAAUUUAUUUCACCCUAAGUUUGAAUUUAAAUUGGACUGAAUAUCAAGAAUUCGGUUUAUGAUUUAGACAGUUUAGCUCAUCACUUAUACUGAUAUUAUGUUUAGGUUUUAAGUAAAAGUUCUGCUGAAAUGUGGUGGAGUUCAAGACUAGUUUCUCAAGGUGAAAUGAAUGAUAGCCCUGAUGGUCUUCAUUCUAGUAAUGCAUCACUAAGAUUAAGGGCUCAAAUACUGUUAAAUUUAUACUGCAAUGAUCAUAUGAACUUCAAUGAUGGCACCUGUUGUUCUAGCACUGAACCUUAUACUUCAAUACAAAGUUAUAUGCUGUUAUUUUUUAUUAUUUGGUAAGUUAAAUAGGUGUAAACAUAUGUAGUUUACACAUAUUAGUUCUAUUUUGUAAUUUAUAUAAUAUUAUAUUUUAGUAUUUGUAUUGGAAUUCUAAUGGCUGUAAGGUAUCGCCGAAAUAGACUAUCUAAAAAUGAACCAUGUUAUGUUAUAAUGAUUUCUCUUGCAAAGUUGGGUCUUAUUAUGAUUUAUUUUUACCUAUGUGACAGGUAUAUUUUUAAUAUUUUUAAUUAUUAUUUUAAAAUGAUUUUUUCAUUUAAAACAUAUUUUAUUUGUAGAACUAAUUUUUUCAUGAAAGAAAAUAAAUAUUAUUCAGAUGCCAGUUUCUGGUUGCCUAUAGGUUAUGUUUUUGUACUUGGUUUAUUUUUUACUGAUGAAAGUAGAUAUACAAAAGUUCUUCAUCGUGAUCAAACUGACGAAUGGAAAGGUAUUUAACCUAUGUUUGUAUAAAAUCCAUCUAAUGCAGAAUAAUAAUUUAAAAAAGAACAACUUUUAUUUUUAAGGUUGGAUGCAGUUAAUAAUUUUGAUUUAUAAUCUAACUGGAGCAAGUAUAAAAGCUUCAAUUGCAAAUAAUGUUCAAAUAUUAAUUGCUGCAUACCUUUUUCUUACUGGAUAUGGUCAUUUUUAUUAUUUGUGGCAUAGACUUGAUGCGGGACUAACUCGUUAUUUUCAGGUAAAUUAUAUAUUUUUCUAAAAUUUCUAAAAACACUCAAAAAUUCACAUUACUCUCCUUUGUCAUUCUCUUGUCUUGUGUAAUUUUUGACAACUGGACGGAGAACUGAUAAAGGUGAGUGGUAUGGAACAAAUAUUCAAUGUGUAAGUAUACAAAUUUAAUUUGUACGGAAAAAAAAUGUACUGAUGCAUGUUACCACUGCCACUGAUACUAUGCAAAUUGUUGAUAACAAAUACACAGGAAUGUUGACACAUAAUUUUUUAAAUUCUAAUCUAAAUAUAAUUAGUCUUAUUAAAAGAAAAUUGAAGUGUUUAAAAUUAUACAAAUUACAUUUUUAACCCAACCCAGAAACAUAAAUCUUCACUAAUUAUAAUCUGCAUAAAUCAAAUCUUUGAUUUGUUUUAACCAAGAAUUACUAUUUAAAAAAGAAUAACCCAUAAUUAGCCAUAUACAAUGUUCUAAGAACUUAUUACAAAUAAUAUUCCUCUUAUCGUUUGUGGUUUGACAUAAAUUGUGUAAACUAAUUUAUGUAAAAUUCUACUUGCUAUAAAAAGCCUAAAUAAAUUUAAAUCAACAUUGCAACUUGUAUUGGUAAACACACAUGCUAGUACAAUUAUUAUAAAUGGUGGAAUAUUUUUUUUAGUCGUUGAGAUGAUCUCUAUAAAUAAAAAAAAUUAAUUUCUAUUAGAUAAUGUUUAAACAAAUAAUCAUGAUAUAAUAUUUACCUUCGUACUCUUUCCACAUCUAGAUUACUUACUGCCUUUAAAAUCAAAUUCAAAUUAUUUUUAAAGUUUUAUAUAGUAUACAUUUUUUUCAUUGCCACUAAUAAAUAAUAUUUAUUGAUUUACCAAUUUGUCUCUAAAAAUAAUUUUGGUGAACUUUAAAAAUUUUAAAAACUUAGUUAAGUUCAUAUAAAUUUAAAUAUAAAUAUUUUUAACGCCAAAAUUAUGGCCAAAAUUAUAAUGUUUCAGAGUAUAUUUAUAAAAUGGCUACUUUAGAUUUUGUAAAAACGAUUUUUUUUUAAAUUAAAUUUUUAAUUUUAGUUCAAACAAAUAUACUAUAGAGUUAUCAUAAUUCAGGACUUAAGUAAUUACUACAAAUAUAUUGAAAGGAACAAAAUGUAUUUUAUUUGUUUGUCAGAUCUUCGUGGGACAUCUUGUAUAUUAAUAUGUAAUUUUCCUUAUUUCUAAAUUGUUGAAGUCCUGUUAAAAAUUACAUUAACAAUAUUUUACUGUUAAUAAAGACAUAAAUUAGAUAACUAGAAAACACUGGAUUGUCUAGAGAGAAUUUUGUUAAAUAUUAUUUUAUUAUUUUUUUUUUUUUUUUUGUUUAACUUGUGUAAGCAAUCUUUUUAUGAAUCAAUACAAUUUUAAGUUAUCUAUUUGUACCAUGACCAGAACCUUGAAAAAUAACAUUUACAUUGCUUCAUUUAUCUCCUUCCAGUAUUUUUUUUGUUAUUCAAUAGUAAAAACUUUUGUGAUAUAACAAUCCUAGGCUUCUAAUCCUAUAUGAACUGACCUUGACAAUGAGCUACCUGCGUCAUUUUAACUUGAUAAAGUGAGACAGUAACAGUUUCCCCCUACUAACUUUUAUGUAUAUUUUACGUGUGUGUGAUUGUAUUAAUACAUACAUAUUUAUAUAUUUAAUUCUAGGCAAUUAUUUAUGUGCAAUAAAAGUAUUAUUUUUUUUGAAUAGAAGGCCAACUACAAUAAUACAGUUUUUAUAAAUUUACUGGUUUUAUUAUAAUAGAAUUAAGUUACCUAGAUAUCGUAACACCAUAUAAUUCAUAAAAUUUAUUUUUGGAAUUGUUACCAAAUUAGGUCUAGCAAGGUAAAUAAAAAAAAAAAUUCAUAUGCUCAACAUUUUUUUUUCUUUUAAUUUGUAGUAUAUUAUCAAUUAAAUUAUAAGUCAUUCCCGUCAUUUCAUCUACUUCAUUUAAAUCUUCCUUUACCUGAUUCAAUCAAAAUUCAAUGAGAAUUAUAAUUUAUAAUUAGUUAGAAUAAUUGUAAAAUGUUUUUACUAAAAUAUUAAUAAUAAUACUCGCUUUUUAAAUUUUGGAUUUUUAGGGCAUUAUGAAUUAUGACUAAUAAUUAAUGAGUUCUAAUAUAUUUGAUUAGUUUAUUUAUUCUUGGUAAACAUUUUGUAUAACUAGUUAAUCCGCAUUCCUUAGUUAUUGUAUUGGGAAAGUUAUUUUACCAACACACCUCGUAAUUAUUUUACCAUAAUAUGAUAUAUUUAUUAUUGUCAAAGAAAUACUAAACUUUGCUCCUCAGAAUCAUUUUGUUAGCAAUGGUUAAUUGUUGCAUACAUUAAAUUUCCCCUCUACUACCUUUCCAACUUCUCAGUUACAACAGUGGCUGAGUAGCCCACAUGCCUAAUUUGUCCAUCUAUUUUUAUUAUUCGUUUAUGUUCUUUGUCUACUUAAAGUUUUCCCAUCCCUUAUUAAUCAAACUUAGCAGUUUAGUCUUAAGUUAUGCUGACCUUUCUUGGUAUAGAUUAAAUAACCCAAUUUUUUGACUGACUUACAUUAACUGUACUCAUUAUGCUAGGGCUAAAAUACUGUGUUUCCUGAAUUAUAAAUGUGUGGCCCAUAUUCUAUAACGUGUUUUUAGUUUUAAUUGUGGAAAUAAACAAUUUGAAAUUUUAAUACAAAUAAAUCUUGUUUAUCUCAAUAUAAAUUAAUAAUAACUUCCUCGUUAAAAUAUUAUACAACCGAAAUGUACUACCUUUAAUCAUAAAUUUAACGAAUAUACCUUAUGUCUAUAAAUAUACUGUGUACUAUGUAGGUAAUCUCGAAUUUGUGACAACAGCUUAUUAUAGUUAUUUUUGUUCUGACGGUGAUUAUUUAACUAUCAGUAAAAUAUUUUGUACUUUUAUUUAUAAUUAUUUUGUAUAUUUUUAGUCCAAAUUUCAUAUAAAUAAUAUAAAUGUAUAAGGUGAGCAGUAUAUAAAGAGGGGGAUAAUUUUGGGUGUUAUAAACCACCACAGUUUUUUGCUAUGAAAACCUGUCAAAAGUUACAAUUAGACUAAGAAGUGUGUCUCUUGAAAUCAGAUUUAUUUUAGGCCCUACAUUAUGAAUUCAUUUUAAUUGUGCUGACCAAAUAUAUUGAUGUGUUCUAAAAGUAAGUUAUAGUUUUAAGAUUUUUAAAACUCAUUUAUCCAGCGCAAGCAUAGUUUCAUAGGAUAAAUUAAUAAGAUGUUGAAAUACAUUAAAAAAUAUGUAAUAUAGUUUUACCUAUUAAUAUAAUUAUAAGAUGAUAUAGAUUUAUAUAAGAUGUAAAGCCUAUUUAAUAAUUAUUUUACUAUAAUAUGAUAUAUAUAUAUACUGUUGACAAAGCAUCACUAUCAACUGAAUUGCUCUUGGAAUCGUUUUUUUCAGUGGCAUUGGUUUAUAGCUACAGGUAUACAUUAAAUUACCUAAAAUAGUAACUAUACCUGUCUCCAUUAUCCUAGGACUUCUUUUUAUAAUUUUCAUUUGUACAAUAACUGUUUAAAAAAAAAAAAACUAUCUGAGUCUAUAGAAAAAAAAAUUGUGUUGUCAUUUAUAAAAAGUAAAUUGUAUUGCGCAUUCACAUACUGAAAAGGUUAAAAAUUUAAAAUUUGUCUGAGAAUGUGUGUAUUUUGGUACUCCCUAUCAUUUCCCAAUAUUUCAUUCCGAUAUUAGAUGAUCUAUCUGAAAUAUUUAGUGGUACCUCUUUUAGCGUGAACUUCUUGGUAUCUAUAUUAUUUUUAAAAUGUUGUGUCAACAUUUUCUAGUUAACUUAAUAAUACUCACUUAAAACUCGUAUUCCUGUCAUCUAAAAAAAAAAACUAUUAUUUUUAAUUUUUAGUUUUAUUGUAUUCAAUAAAAUUAACUGCUAAAAAAAAAUUAUCUUGCAGAUCUUAUUCAGAUUAAACAUGCUGACUGUAGUGCUGUGUAUAUGUAUGAACCGGCCUUACCAAUUUUAUUUUUACAUACCAUUAGUAUCAUUCUGGUUUACUGUUAUCUACUUAGUAUUAAUUUGUCCACCUCGUGUUACUGCUGCUUCAUCUGAAAUAAGACCAGCACAGUACUUAUAUAUAAUUUUAAAAAUAUUGGCUCUUUUUAUUUUCAUCACCAUACUUUAUAUGUCUGAGGUAAGUUUGUUUAAAAUACCAAAACUACAUAAAAAUAUUUACUGAUUAUUUAUUUUAAUUAUAGGUAUUUUUUGAUAAAAUUUUUCUUACACGUCCUUGGAAAGCUUUAUUUGUGACUACAGAUGAUGAUAUUCAUGAAUGGUGGUUUCGAUGGAAAUUGAACCGUUUUAGGUAAUUAUUUUGAUAUUGUAGUACAAAUAUAUUAUUAAAAUAAUUUACUAAAUAUAUUUUUAGUGUUGUUAAUGGCAUAAUUUUAAGUUUUGCAAUCAUCCUAGCUCAAAGGUAUAACUUAAUUGACGACAAUAAUCACAGUAAUUUAGUAUCACCACGAUUGGCCGUGUUCUCUUCAUUUUUAGCACUUGUUGGACUUGUUGCUUCUAUUAUUUAUAAUAUUCUCUGUCAAAACAUAAUGGAAUGCUAUGAAUUGUUAUCUUAUACAUCAGUUAUUCCUGUAAGUUUUAAAAUUCCCCAAAUUAAAAUCAAUAUUAAUUCAAUGAUUGUAAGUUUAUUUUAUUUCUGUUCAGAUAAUUAGUUACAUUAUUUUAAGAAAUGUUUCUGGAGUGUUAAGAACACGUUUAUCCAGCUUAUUUGCUUGGUUUGGCAGAAUUUCUUUAGAAUUAAUGGUUUGCCAAUGUCAUAUAUGGCUGGCUGCUGAUACUCAUGGAGUUUUAGUAUUAUUACCUGGUUAUCCAGUAGUAAAUGGUUUGAUUGUGUCAUUCAUUUUUAUUUGUAUCUGUCAUGAGGUAAAUAUUGCCCCGAGAUAUUUUCCUUUAUAAUUUUAUUUAAUAUAAACUUAAUUAAUUAGUUACAUGAAAUUACAAUCAAACUAACACCAUAUGCUGUGCCAUCUGACCAUAAGGAUUUGUUCCGUAAUUUAAUAUGUUUCAUCUUAUUGUUGAUACCAUUAGGCGCAAAUGAUGGUAUGUUUUAAUAAUAAGUUUAAGUAUUACUAUAUAUUUCUGUCUUCUGUUAAAUAUUCAAUUGUACAAUUACUUAAUGUUUUGAAGUAAAAUUAUUAUAUAUAUGUAUAACAUUCAAAAAUAUUUAUAAAAUUGUAAUUAUUAUUAUUCUUUAUAUAUAUGCAAUGUUUGUAUUUUUCAUGUAAAAAAAUAUCAAAUCAUGAUUGUUACUAUUAUUAUUAUUUUCUCAGAAUCAAAUGUUUUGUGACACGAACAACUUAUGUUAUACUAUGAUUAUAUUUUUUAACUGAAACAA